AUUGCAUCGAGAUUAACCCACACUUGGUUUUGAUAAAAAUAUCACUUAAGAUUGUUGUAAUAAUUGAUUUUUCGCAUUAGUUAAAUAAAUUUAAACAUAAUGGCAGACAAUUAUGAAGAAAUGAGUUGUUCAGAAGCAAAAGAAUUACUUAGAAAAUGGAGGGAUGAUAAUGAGAGGAGAAGUGAUGAAGUAGUUCAGAUUUUCGAUUAUUGUCUCGCUGAUAAGGUAAAAAAGUUGGGAUCUGAGCGUCUUAUAGUGUUAGAACAAGUGUUUGUGGCAGCUCUCGAUUGUGGACGUAUUAAAUUAGCUGAAGAUUGUGUUCGUGUUCUCAUCUCGGAAUUUCCAGAAAGUCUCCGCAUAAUGAAACUGAAAGCGAUGUUGCUCGAGGCCUUAGAACGAUAUGAUGAUGCUCUCGAUGUACUCGAGAGUAUUAUUAACAAGGAUGAAACAAAUGCAGCAGCCAGAAAACGCAAGAUUGCGAUUCUUAAAGCAAAAGGACAAAUUUCAGAUGCUAUUCGUGAGCUUUGUGAUUAUCUGAGGAAAUUUAUGUCUGAUCAGGAAGCAUGGCAUGAACUCUGCAACUUGUAUAUGAUGGAAGGCGAUUAUAGUAAAGCAGCUUUCUGUAUGGAAGAAGUUUUACUUCACAAUCCAUUCAGCCAUUUGAUUCAUCAACGAAUGGGCGACAUACGAUAUACGAUGGGUGGACAAGACAAUAUUGAAAUUGCCAAAUCGUAUUAUGCGCAAGCGGUGAAGUUGAAUGCUAAUAAUUUAAGAGCAUUGUAUGGAUUAUAUCUGUGCUGCGGUCACAUCGUAAAUUCAAAAGCUCCGGUUAACAAACGAAAAGAAGCCCAAAAAUUAUCCACCUGGGCUUUGAAAAAAAUAUCAGAAAUAACGAAUGAUAAACUACCACGAUCAACAAAGUCAUCAAAGAAUUCUAAUCAAUCUAAUGACAUUGCAGCCCUCGAAGCGGCCUUCGGUAAUUUAGAUGCGAAGUUAAAUUGAUUUUGAUUGCUUAUCGAGUUGAAAAACACGAGCGUGGUUUGUUGCAAUCUUUAUUUAGGCGUUAAGGGCAUUUAAUGGUUUCAUCACUUCUCCUUGUUGUUUUCCUUUUUUCCGAUAAAAUUCCAUUGUUUAGUAAAAUUUGAAAUUGGUGGUGAAAAUUUUUUGAUUCUUAUUUUUUGUAGUAAAUUUUGUUUCUUGAAAGUAAGUUUCAAGAGAAAAUAAAGAAAUCACAAUUAGUAAAUAUUUAGUUAGAUAGUCGAAGUGCUCCGCUAUUUAUAAGCUUGAUUAUAGCUCAAUCAUAAUAGCUUUCCACCCACACAAUUUUACUCUCCCCUAUCAAUAUUCCAUUUGACUUAUGUCGACUUCAAGGCAUUUCUUUACCAUUAAGACAAAGGUGUUUUAUUGUUCAUCAUAAAAUAUUUUCUUUUGUUUGCUCUUAUGCAAUUAAUCAUCAUACUUAUAAGCGAAAAAUAAAAAUGGGAUGUUGGAAAGAAAAUUAAAGAAACG